GGUACAACGCCUGGAGACGGUUCUGUGGGCUCUCGCAGCCCCGCGAUGUGGCGGAACUCUCCGCGGUGCUGAGGAACCCCGAGCUGGCCAAGCGGUUCCUAGCCCUGUACGGGACGCCGGACAAUAUCGACAUCUGGAUCGGGGCGCUGGCGGAGCCGUUCGUGCCCAAUGGCAGAGUGGGGCCUCUCCUGGCUUGCCUCAUUGGGACGCAGUUCAGGAAGCUGCGAGAUGGGGACAGGUUCUGGUGGGAGAGCCCCGGGGUGUUCACGGCUGAGCAGCGCCGGGCCCUAAGCAGCAGCUCCCUGCCCCGGGUGCUCUGUGACAACACGCGCCUUAGAGAGGUGCCCAUGGACCUGUUCAAGGUCAACCGCUACCCCGAGGACUUUGUGAACUGCAGCACGAUUGACCGGCUUGACUUGUCACCAUGGCAGCAACGCAGCAGCUAGGGAGAGGAAGCAUCCGGUGCCACCUCCAUCCAGUUCCCUGGAGGGCUGGAUUCAGGCUGCUGCUGGCGAGGGAUUCUCUCCUACUUCAGUGUAACCCAACCAGUGACGCUUUCUCUGGCCGGAAUGCGCAGCCUCGCGGCUGCUGCUUUAUCUGUGCUUGCAGAGAUCUGCUUCCCCGUGAAAAAUCGUCCCACCCUGUCACUAGUGUGCGAGGGGCCAUUGCUCGGAGAACGAGGGCUUGCUAGGGACACGAGCUCCCAAAGUCCUGAUGGAAUCAAAGCACAAAUCGCUGAUCGUAGGCUGCUGCUGGCACCUCUCCGAGAGCUUCUGCUUUCUUAGCAUCCAGGUGACCGAUUCCCUUGCGGGUCUCUCAUUUAAGAUGACCCCAAUAAAGCCUGAUUCAUGCAAA